UGUUGAGGAGUGCCAUAGGUUAAUGGCAUUGAAUGAAUAAUUUUGAUCAUGCCCGAUAGUUGGAACUAGUUUGAUAAUGAGAACUGAAUACCUUUUAGCAACUUAAAGCAUGUUUCAUGGCUAUUAAAUUAUAAAUGAAUAGUUUUCUGUGACUUAAGAGAACAUAAUUUCUAAAACACUGCAGGCUAUAGUGGUGCCAUAGAAGGAACGUUAUUUAAAUUUCUACUCUUAAAAGCGAAUUUGGAUAUGUUUCAGAGAAAAUCUUUUGAUCACAGGGAUGUAAGGUAUCAUAGCCUUAAAAGAAGUGGAAUCAACAGUUCUGACUACAUUGAUACUCAGUGGUAUGGGACAAAAGCAAUCCCGUGGAAAGCCAUUCUCCUUGCCUUCUUUCUCUGUGUUGGUGGUGGAACAUGUCUGCUAAUAACAGGAAGUCUGAUAGUCUCAGGACACAUAGAUGCAAAAUAUGCUGACCGAAUGUGGCCAGUGAUCAUCAUCGGCCUACUGAUGUUCCCACCCGGAGCAUAUCAUCUGCACAUUGCGUUCUGCGCGUACAAGGAGUAUCCCGGUUACUCUUUCACUGACAUUCCUGAGUUUGAUUAGGGAAUGAUUUUUAUAAUCAAAAUUAGUCAUAGUUUUGUGCUAUGCAUUUUAAGUCAGUAUACGAUCCUAAUUUCUCAUUGCAUUUUAAGCCUCGUGUCCUACAAUUUUUAGCUAGUCAGUUUCUCUUGCCUUAAAUGGUUAAAUUAUUUUUAUUUCUACGACUGAAACACUUGUAGUAGCUAGUCAUUGUUAUGUAACUGAUAGCGAUCUAAGAUUUACAAUAACUAAUUUAGUAGUGUGUCUAAGAAAGCUGGCUACACUUCAGAAGUAUGGGGGGAAUAAUGUUCACACUCUCUUAGACAUGUUCAGAAAACCUGAUGAUUUGAUUUACUUAAUGUAAAUAAUUUGUGUUCACUAUGAAAAAGUGACUGUUAUCAUACUUUAUGAAAUAACCACAAUGGUCAGAUGGUACAGAACUGGCAUUCACAUAGAUGGGGAAAAUAGGAGGUUUAUUAUGAAAGAAUCCUCUUUAUUUAGCAAAUAGAAAAUUAAUCAACAUAAAUUACAGAGACUGUGUAAUUAUUAUUUUUUAUAAUUUUAUUUUUGUCAACAAUAGAGGUUAAAAUGAUCUAAUUGACAUUUCCGAUAAUAAAUAAUAUAAUACACUACACUACUACACAGAAUGCUUGUAUGAAUGUCAUUUCUUAAAUUAGUUGUGUAAUAAUUCAGUACAGAAAUAAACAAAAUCUAGAGUCCUUGACUUCAUGGAUCUAGACUAUUAUUCUGAUCUCAGUUAUCAAAAUGAAAUUCUGGUUAUGCUCCCAUAUUACUGUAAAACAAUAUAGGCUACAUCAGUGCCAAUUGUGCCGUUUAUUGAAAUAGACUUCUCUAAUAUUAUAAGAGUUCGCUUUAAAAUAAAAGGCACCAAACCUAACUGCAACGUCCUACUUUGUUUAAAUUUAAACAUUAAAAUAUUCCAGUAUUACAUUUAUUUAUUGUAAGUAUCCCAAAUUAAAUGUUUGUUUUUAUUAUAUAUUUUAUGAUUACGCCAUUAGAUGAAAGCUGAUCAUUCAUGUUGUGUUGUGUUGUACGUUGUAUUUAAUUGUUCUUGUUAAUUUUUUAUGUUUGUUGAAAUUUAAUAAAUGAUUGUUUACUUGUG